AUGGCCGGGGAGUUCGGGCUCAUCCAGCUGGGCACCUACGUGGAGAUCAAGCGUAGCGAUGGGCGCAUCCAUCCGGCACUGGUGACAGAGCUCCAUGAAAGCACCUCCAGCAUCACUGUGGAGUGGAUUGAGAAAGGGACCAACAAGGGCAAGCAGGUGGAUCUCCAGCUCAUCUUUGACCUCAACCCUCACCUGGCCCCAAGGAGCCCGUCCACGAGCAGCAUCGAGGCCCCACUGUCAGCCAAAGGAGACCAGAGCCAGGUGAGUGAAGGGCGGCCACAGCCCAUCAAAGUGGAGAAGCCGUCUGGGGACAGCAGGGGCCCUGUAGCAGUCCAGCUUGGCUCCAGACCCAGGUGGACAUCACCAGGCAUGUGGCAGAUUGAAAGGCUGCGAGAACAGCGGGAACGCCAUCGGCUGGGGAUGCAGGAACAGCGAGCUCAGCAGGCCACCGCGUCACUCCAGUCCAGGGCCAAUGUGCUGGCCAUGAUCCAGGAGUGCCGCAGCCAGCUGGACUGCAAGGCACUGCAGGCCUCCAUGCCCCGGCAGCCCCAUCGCAUCUGUGUGUGUGUCCGGAAACGGCCACUGAACCAGCGGGAGGUUGAGCUCAAUGACAUUGAUGUGGUGAUGGUGCCCUGCCAGGACGUGGUGAUGGUGCAUGAAGCCAAGCAGAAGCUGGACCUCACGCAGUAUCUGGACAACCAGAUCUUCCGCUUUGACUAUGCCUUUGAUGACCAUGCCACCAACGAGCUGGUGUACAGGCACACCGCCCAGCCCCUGGUGGAGACCAUCUUCCGGGGGGGCAUGGCCAGUUGCUUUGCCUACGGCCAGACAGGCAGCGGCAAGACACAUACCAUGAGGGGAGGCUUCUCUAGCAAGAGCUCUGAGUGCUCCAAGGGGAUCUACAUCCUGGUUGCUGAGGACGUCUUCCGCAGGCUGAAGGACCCUAGCUGCCUGAUACUGGAGCUUCGAGUCUAUGGGGCCUUCUUUGAGAUUUAUGGGGGCAAAGUGUUUGACCUGCUGAACUCGAAGAAGCGGCUGAGGGUGCUAGAAGAUGGGAAGCAUCAGAUCCAAGUGGUGGGCCUUAGGGAGGAAGAGGUCACGAGCGUGGAAGAUGUCAGCAAACUGAUUGAAAUGGGCAGCAAGUGUCGCACGUCAGGCCACACUUCUGCCAACACUCACUCCUCCCGGAGCCAUGCCAUCUUCCAGAUCAUACUCAAGAAGAGAGGGCAUUUGUAUGCCAAGUUUUCGCUGAUUGAUUUGGCUGGGAAUGAGAGAGGAGCUGACAUCUCCACUGCAGACAGGCAAACGAGGCUGGAGGGGGCUGAUAUUAAUAAAAGCCUCUUGGCACUCAAGGAGUGCAUCAGGGCACUGGGAUGUAACAAAGCUCACACCCCAUUCAGGGCUAGCAAACUCACCCAGGUCCUGCGGGACUCAUUUAUAGGGGAAAACUCACGUACCUGCAUGAUUGCCACUGUCUCUCCAGGGAUGAGAUCCUGCGAGCACAGCCUUAACACCCUGCGGUAUGCCAACUGCGUGAAGGAGCUGGUGGUGAAUUUAAACUCCCUUGGACAAUCCCGUCAGGAGAACUGCCCUGGGACACCUGAGUUACAGCUUUCUGGGGUACAGCCUGACAAGGAGGUAUCACCCCAGUUAUUUACUUUCAAUGCCAAAGGAAAACCGCGGAAGAAGAGAAAAGAGACAGAUGAGAAAGUGCUUCUGGGGGAGCAUCAGGAGUCUCUGCGAUGGUUCAAGGCGUUCUUAGAGGUGGCUGAAGAAAUAGACUACAAUGUGGAUUUUUAUGCUGCGCAGUUUGAAUCAGUCCUGGGUCAAAAAAUUGGCACCCUAACCGAGAUUCAAGAAAAAGUCAAAUUAUUCCGGUCAGUUCUUUGCAAGGAAGAACAGGGCAGCAACCAGAGCUGCAUGAAGAGAUCUCGUGCGCUGUAA